GUCUGGGCUGGGCGGGGAGUGGGAGAGAAGCACAGUCCGUACAUCUCGGAAUUCCCUCGGUCCAGAAUCCCUGGCGCUUCUGAGCCGCCAGGAAGGAGCCCAGGCGUCGGAGGUCCCUGCCCAGGGCAGCUGGGGAUCCCAGGGCGCCAGGCUGGGGGCGCAGGCAGGGGGCAUUGGAGACACCGUGUUCUAGGGUCCCAGCAGUUAGAGCCUUAGAGGUCGUCUCGGCCAACUCCUCAUCUUACAGCCUUGGAAACUGAGGCCCACAGAGAGGGGAAGGGACUCGGCGCGCCCCCCCAGCCUGGGCACCAUGGACAGCGAGGCCUUUGAGAGCGCUGCGCGGGACCUUCUGGACUUGAACUUCCAAUCCUUGGCCAUGAAGCACAUUGACCUGAAACAGAUGGAGCUGGACACUGCCGCGGCCAAAGUGGACGAGCUGACCAAGCAGCUGGAGUCGCUGUGGUCGGACUCCCCGGCCCCCUCCACUCCUCCACCUCAGGCCAGCGCUCCGACCAGGCUGACCAGAUACAGUUCCAGUCCCACUCCUGACCAUUUUAGCCGUACCUCUUCACCCCGGAAGGUGGCAGACAGUGGGGAUGCCACCUAUACCCGCUCAGAGAACUCCCCUGCCUUGCUCCCAUACAGUCCCCUGUCACCCAAAGGGCGUCCAUCCUCUCCCCGCACUCCUGUCUAUCUGUCUUCAGAGUCAUACUCAUCGCUGGAACGGGCCCCCUCCCCACGGCCCAAAACUAUGACCUAUGAGGCUGUGGUUGGCUCACUGGGCCGGGCCCCAUCCCCUAGGCCUGGCUCCGGCCCCCUCCGCCCUACAGGUCCCCCCCCACAAUAUGACUUCCUAGUGGGUGGACGGGCUGGCUCUCCCCGGGGUGAUGGCCCUCAGGCUUUCUUCCCUGACCACCGAGGACCUUCGCCCCGUCUGGGCCUGCCUGCCAAUUAUGAGGGCUCUGCCCUCUUUGGGAGUCCACCCCCAGGUGCUGGGGGCAGUGCCUUUGCGCCGCUUCGGGCACAAGAUGACCUGACACUCCGCCGGCGUCCCCCUAAGAGCUGGAAUGAGUCAGACUUGGAUGUGGCCUAUGAGAAGAAGUCAUCAUCCCAGCCCUCCAGCUAUGAUCGCCUGGAUGUUUUUGGGGGCCUUCGCCCAUCCUCCCCAUCCUUGCAGCUGUUACCCUGGCGGGAGAGCAGUUUGGACGGCCUGGGUGGUCCCGGAAAGGAUGGCCUCACCAGUUCCACUCUACCCCGGAAUUACAAAGUCUCUCCGUUGGCCAGUGACCGGAGGACAGAGGCUUCGGGGUAUCGUCGCUCCUUGGGCCCAGGGGUCCCUGGCACCCUUCCUCGAAGCUGGCAGCCGGCCAGUCGCAUCGCCAUGCCACCAACCAGCCCCCAGGCUCGGGGAUCCCCCCGGCAGCGCCCUAUCCCCCUCUCCAUGAUAUUCAAGUUGCAAAAUGCCUUCUGGGAGUACGGGGCGGCCAAGGCAGGGCCUCCGGGCUCACCCAUCGUCACACGGGCUCCCCUACCCAAGUUGAGUCCCCAGGUCCCAGGCCAAGGCCCAGCCCCUCUGAGCCCGGUUCCAGCCCCACAGAGCCCAGCCCAACCUCCAGCCACUCAGCUCGUACCACCUGCUCGACCUACAGGAGGCGAAGGUCCCCCCAAGUCCCCUGAAGAACCAGAGCCAGAACCAGAGCUAGAGGGGCUGCUAGCCCCAACGCUGGAGGUUGUGGAGACCGAGGAAGGGGCUGUGCCUCGGCCCCUGAGCCCCACGCGGCUACAACCCGCGCUACCCCCGGAAGCCCAGACGGUGCCCGAGCUGGAGGAAGUGGCCCGGGUGCUGGCAGAAAUACCACGGCCCCUGAAGCGCCGAGGCUCGAUGGAGCAGAGCCCUGGCCCAGCCCUGCCCCCCACGCACAAGAAGCAGUACCAGCAAAUCAUCAACCGCCUCUUCCAUCGGCAUGGGGGCAGUGGUGGUGGCGGCGGUGGCCCUCCCCGUGAAGGUGGCACUGGACCUGCUGGGCCUGAGCCUGAGCUGCCCCCCAUCACUGAGGGCUCUGAUGCACGGGCAGGGCCCCCUGCCCCAGCCCCCCCAGCUCCUACCCUAGCCCCCAGCCUGUCUGACCCACUGCCACCCCAGAGCACAGAAAUGCGCUCAGUGCUUCGGAAGGGGGGGUCCCCCCGCAAGGCCCGCCGGGCCCGCCUUAACCCCCUGGUAUUACUGCUGGACGCGGCACUCACCGGGGAGCUGGAUGUAGUGCAGCAGGCGGUGAAGGAGAUAAAUGACCCCAGCCAGCCCAAUGAGGAGGGCAUCACGGCUCUGCACAACGCCAUCUGUGGUGCUAACUAUGCCAUUGUGGACUUCCUCAUUGGUACUGGUGCCAAUGUUAACUCCCCGGACAGCCAUGGCUGGACACCCUUACACUGUGCGGCCUCUUGCAAUGACACAGCCAUCUGCAUGGCCCUGGUGCAGCAUGGGGCUGCCAUCUUUGCCACAACCCUGAGUGACGGGGCCAUGGCCAUUGAGAAGUGUGAUCCUUACCGGGAGGGCUAUGCAGACUGUGCCACCUACCUGGCAGAGGCCGAGCAGAGCAUGGGCCAUUUGUAUGGAGGGGCAGUCUAUGCACUCUGGGACUACAGUGCCGAGUUUGGGGACGAGCUGUCCUUCCGUGAGGGUGAACCCGUGACUGUCCUGCGUCGGGAUGGCCCCGAGGAGACUGACUGGUGGUGGGCAGCCCUGCGGGGCCAGGAAGGAUAUGUGCCCAGAAACUACUUUGGGCUGUUCCCCAGAGUGAAACCUCAGCGUGGCAAGGUGUAGGACCCCAGACCAAGUGCCAGGAGGAGCCAAUGCCAACAUGAGGAACUAGGGGGAAUUUCUCCCCAUCGCUCCUGCCAAUAGCCCUGGGGACGGGGGGAUGAGCUUGGAUCCUGCCUUUGAGAGGGGAAGGGGCACCCUGAAUUCAGUCCCCAUUAUUACUACCCCUCUCAGCCUCCAGCCACAUGUCCAGAGCACUAACACCAGAAUGGAGUGGACAGGGCUGAGCCAGAUCAAUCAGCUCUAUCCCCCCCAAAAAAACCAACCCCAGCCAGCCCCCCAUGAUCCCAGAAGAUAUAAGGUUCCCUCAGCCAAUGCACACAGCACCAGUCUCAAAUGAACUCUGACCCAUGCUGUCCUCUGCUCUCCUUCCCACCAGCAGCCUUGGGGGUUGGGGGCGUAGUAACCUCCCCCCUUCUCCCCCCAGACCAAGUGCCUCAAGUCUUGUCUGGUCUCUGUUUGUAAUUAAAUAGGAAAAAUAAAAAUCCUUUCUAAUUAAAGGUA